CCAAACAGAAGAGAUGCACAUAAAAAGGCUAAAACCACCAGGUGCCCCCAUUCAGGGGGAAAAAAAAGAAAAAAAGAGCAGAAAGAUAAAGCUGCGAGGAAGCCGAUUACAGCUGGAUCUGGAUUAUUACGUUCUAUUAUGUCAACACUCAGCUGGAAACCAGAGCAUCAUCUCCUGCAGACACACCGCUGACUCCGCCCUCCCCCUACGCUCACAUACAACCCUGGAUGCAGCCACACCCCCGACUCAAACAUCCCUCAGACUUCCCAACAGGCAGGCAGGCCAGAGAGGGUCACUGCGCUCUGACGAGCAAAGCUGUCUUGGCUGAGGAAGGACGGGUCUGAUUCUAAGAGGAAGAGUAAAAAAGAGAAGAAGGAGCUCCCAGCACCACAAGUGUCAGCCGAAGGACCUCAGGGUUCGUGUGCGAUGCGUCUGACUGAUCAGCAGGAAUCAUCAGAAGAAGAAAUGAGCUUUGGUGCAGCGUGCAUUUUCCUGCGAGGGGGGAAGAACAUUUCGCGACAGCUGGCUGAAGACGAGAUUGACGAGCUGCGUGAUGCAUUCAACGAGUUUGACAAAGACAAAGAUGGGCUGAUCAGCUGUAAGGAUUUGGGGAACCUGAUGAGGACGAUGGGAUACAUGCCCACGGAGAUGGAGCUGAUCGAGCUCGGCCAAAACAUCAACAUGAACCUCGGUGGCAGAGUGGACUUUGAAGACUUUGUAGAGCUGAUGGCUCCAAAGCUUCUGGCAGAGACCGCUGGGAUGAUCGGCGUGAAGGAGCUCAAAGAUGCCUUUAAAGAGUUUGACAUGGAUGGAGAUGGGGAGAUCACGACGGAGGAGCUGCGACAAGCCAUGAACAAGCUGAUGGGGGAGCACAUGAGUCGCAGAGAAAUUGACGCCAUCGUCAAAGAAGCGGAUGAUAAUGGAGACGGAACAGUAGAUUUUGAAGAGUUUGUCAGAAUGAUGUCCCGUUAGGAAUUCCCGAGGAGGACGUCGGUUCACGAUGUUUUAACACGGAUGCUGUUUCCCUCAGACUCAGCUCAUCACAGCCAACAAUCAAAUACUCAACAAACAACAUCUCAAAGGAUUCUGUCACUAUGCAAAGAUCGGGCUUUAAAUGAUGAACUUUUAUAAAUGGAAAAGUAUCAAAAAAAGUGUAAAAUAACUGGAAAUGUGUUUUGUAUGCAGAAGUCAUUUUGGAUAAGUUCACUGAGUUUUUGCUUUGUUUUUGAGAAAUAAAUGAAGACUCAUGAAACA